GUCCCGUAAAUGUAACAUCAAAAUUCAAAAACCAAAAACGUUGAAGACACACACAUGCUGAUCUCAAAGCACCCAAUUUUCAAAAUCACAAACCUCAACUCCCCCAAACCAUCACCACUAUCAUUCCUCCUCUCCCUCAUUAAACAAUGUCCCUCCACAAAAACCCUCCAACAAAUCCACACCCAAAUGAUUAUCCACUCCAUCCACAAACCAAACCACCUCCUCUCUCAAUCCAUAACCCUCAAAGACUUCAACUAUUCCUCCCUCAUUUUCUCCCACAUUACUCCCCACCCAAACGACUACGCCUUCAACAUCAUGCUCCGUGCCACCACCACCACAUGGAACAAUUACCCUCUCACCCUUCACCUUUACCAUCAAAUGAAAAACUUUAACCUCACCCCUAAUAACUUCACUUUCCCGUUCGUUUUCCUGGCUUGCGCGAAUCUCGGAGAUAUUCGUGAGGCCCGUUCGGCUCAUUCAUCGGUGAUUAAACUUCGACUGGAUACGGAUCUCCAUACGGCUCACUCGUUGAUUACAAUGUACUUUAGGUGUGGAGAAUUCGGGUUUGCACGUAAGGUGUUCGAUGAAAUUACGCACAAGGAUUUGGUGUCAUGGAAUUCGAUGAUUUCUGGGUAUGCGAAGAUGGGUUUUGCGAGGGAAGCUGUUGAGGUGUUUGGACGGUUGAGGGUGGAGUCGGGGUUUGAGCCGGAUGAGAUGAGUUUGGUUAGUGUUCUUGGGGCUUGUGGUGAAUUGGGGGAUUUGGAAUUGGGGAGGUGGGUGGAAGGGUUUGUUGUUGAAUGUGGCAUGAAGGUUAAUUCCUACAUUGGUUCUGCUUUGAUUAGUAUGUAUGCUAAAUGUGGUGAUUUGGUGUCUGCUAGAAGGAUCUUUGAUGGUAUGCCUAGUAGAGACGUUAUCACGUGGAAUGCAGUUAUAUCAGGAUAUGCUCAAAAUGGAAUGGCAGAUGAAGCAAUCUCUUUAUUUCAUUGUAUGGAGGAGAGUGAUGUUAGACCAAAUAAAGUUACCCUGACUGCAGUGCUGUCUGCGUGUGCCGGUAUUGGGGCUCUAGAUUUAGGGAAACACAUUGAUGAUUAUGCAACACAAAGAGGAUUUCAACAUGAUAUAUUUGUUGCAACUGCAUUGGUUGAUAUGUACGCCAAGUGUGGAAGUUUGGAGAGUGCACAGAGAGUUUUCAACGAUAUGCCCCGAAAAAAUGAUGCUUCUUGGAAUGCGAUGAUUGCUGCUCUUGCUUCUCAUGGUAAAGCCAAGGAAGCUCUAACACUUUUCCGGCGGAUGUCAGAUGAGGGUGAUGGUGCCCGCCCCAAUGAUAUAACAUUUGUAGCGUUGCUUUCUGCUUGUGUGCAUGCAGGCUUGGUUGAUGAAGGACAUAGGUUGUUUGAUAUGAUGAGUACAUUGUUUGGAUUGGUACCAAAAGUUGAGCACUACUCUUGUAUGGUUGAUCUUUUGGCACGUGCCGGUCAUUUAUACGAAGCUUGGGAUCUCAUUGAGAAAAUGCCUGAAAAACCAGAUAAGAUUACAUUAGGUGCCUUACACGGUGCCUGUCGAAGAAAGAAAAAUGUAGAUAUUGCGGAACGAGUUAUGCAGAUGCUUUUGGAGUUGGAUCCUUCAAAUUCUGGAAACUAUAUCAUCUCGUCCAAAAUAUAUGCAAAUUCAAACAUGUGGGAUGAAUCAGCAAGGAUGAGAGCAUUGAUGAAAGAGAAAGGUGUCACUAAAACACCGGGUUGUAGCUGGAUUGAAAUUGAUAAACAGUUGCGUGAAUUUCGUGCUGGUGACGGCAUAUGCCUCGACUCUAUAGACAUAUGUAACAUAAUUGAUUUACUCUAUGAAGAGCUCAGAAAGGAAGGUUAUGUUCCAAAAAUUGUUGAAUAAUCAUUAUGAGGGGCUGAAGAGUUGUUUUAUUGGACGUUGCCGAAGUGACGAAAUUUGGACUCUGGCACUUCACAGUUUCAGCUCAACUAUUCAUGUCUGUUGAAUUUGUUUAAUCAGGUUAGUAGGUUCUGACAGCACAUACUAUUAUAUAGCGGUUUCUGCACUGAUUCUUGUAUUCUUUUGUACUUGAAGCUUGAAUUUAUAAAAUUUAAAAUGGUUGAGCCCAAUAAAACACCGACAUCUUUGGAUUGAAGGCGCGUCCUAAGUCUAACACUGACCCAACACAUGCAGUUACAUUCAAAUUCAAUCACUUAUAUUUGUAAAAUUAUUAAUAGUUUCUACAUGUCAGCGUUGUGUCUGUGUCAGUGCUUCAUUGGUUGAGCCUCUCUAGCUUUUACAUAAGCUAUCCUUUGGAUACAUUCUUAAUCCUUUGGGUAAUCUGUUCAGGGAAGGAGCUUUUCAUCUUGUUGAUUUGGAAAAAAAUUUCCAGAAGAACAAGAAUUUUCGGUUUGAGAUGAAUAGAUGCUGCCAAUGGAUAGGUUCCAGCAAUUGAUUUUGCUUUUAGGGAAGCAAAUUUAGCUUCUUUAUGUAUCUUAUCAUUAUCAACCAAGACACUGAAUAGUGCUUGAAAAUUUUGAUACUCUAUUUUAAAUUUUUUUUCACCAAUGAAGGUUUAGAUAGGACAUAGGUCAACAUACUACAGCAGCAAGAAUUAUUUAAGAUCUGAUGAAAUAAAUUUUCCUGGGCCAUUAUGCAGAUUCAUCAAAGAAUGAUGAUGUAUUAAAAAGUUGAUAGGCUAAAAUAUUAGUGUAAGAAAAUAUGAGUAUCUGAUAUUUUCUCAUUUGUUCGUGAUUGUUUUCUAGUUUCAUUUAGUUAUUCAUUUAGUUAUUCUAUGUUGCGACAAAAUUCUUCUUAAUCCCUAAAUUUU